AUGGAGACGGUGGCGCCGCCGGGCUGGGCGCCCGGCCUGGCGGUGGGGGAGGACGGGUGCGCGCGGGGAGGCAGCGGCCGGGCGCACAAUUUCAGCGCGGGGCCGGCGAUGCUGGACACGGAGGUGAUGACGUACAUCCAGAAGAACCUGCUGAACUACCAGGGCUGCGGGAUGGGCAUCCACGAGAUGAGCCACAGGGACGUGAACGGGCCGGUGGCGGCGAUGAUGGAACGCACGUCGGGCAACGUGCGCCGGCUGCUGGGCGUGCCGGACAACUACCGCGUCCUGUUCUUCCAGGGCGGAGCUCACGGGCAGUUCGCUGCUGUGCCUCUUAACUUGUUUGGCAAGAGUGGCAAGGGCGAUUAUGUCAUUGGUGGCAACUGGUCGACAAAGGCAAUGAAUGAAGCUUCGAAAUACGGGGAGGUCAGGGCUGUUGCAGACACAACAACCAAUGGACAUACAUACUAUGCCCCCGUUGACGAAUGGGACCUGUCGGACGACUCUGCCUAUGUGCAUGUGUGCACCAACGAAACGGUGCAGGGCCUUGCAAUGCACGAGGACCCAGACGUGGGGCCCAACCGCGUGCUGGUUUCCGACAUGACUUCCAGCCUGUUUUCACGGCCAGUUGACAUUAAGAAAUACGGGGUGAUCUACGCCAGCGGAGGGAAGAACUUGGGGCCUGCUGGUUGCUGUCUGGUGAUCGUGAGGGACGACCUGCUUGAGCAGUCGCUGCCUCAGGUGAGGAGGCGUUGCCUGAAACCAUCUCUUCCAUUUUCCAGCCAUUGCUAG